CUGUUUAAGGAGAGAAUCUGGCAAGAGGCACAGCAAGCUCCAGCCAUGGCUAAGAGCAGUAUUAUUAAGGAAAUAGAGAAAUAUUUCGAUGAUGUUAAAGGAAAGGAAUCUGAAGAGCUACUGUUCUCCUACAAGGGGGUGCUGUACCCUAUUGGAUUGUGCAGUGCUGAGACCUUCCAAGCGCUGGACUCCAUAGAAUUUAGACAAGACGAUGUGUUCCUAGCGGCUUAUCCUAAAUGCGGAACUAAUUGGACUCAACACAUUUUAAAUGACGUGAUAAAUGCACUACCAAAUAAUAAGGAAGUAUCACUAUUAGAACGUAUCCAUGUGCUUGAAUUUGAAGCUUCAGAAAAAUUUCAGAAAAUAAAAAAUGCACCUUCUCCACGUCUCUUUUCCACGCAUCUCCAUUAUGAUGAUAUUCCCAAGGCUGUCUUUGAGAAUAAGGUGAAGGUACUGGUGGUAUUUCGAAAUCCAAAAGAUGUAGCUGUAUCCUAUUACCACUUCUACAACAAAAAUCCUGGGCUUCCAAAUGUCAGCUCCUGGGAUGAGUUCUUUCAGAAGUUCAUGAGUGGAGAAGUCACCUGGAGUUCAUAUUUUGACCAUGCUCUUUCCUGGAACAACCACAUGGAUGAAGAGAAUAUCAUGAUCAUCACAUAUGAAGAAAUGAAAGAGAACUUACCUGGAGGAGUGAAACAAAUAGCUGAAUUUUUGGGGUUCUCUCUGCCUGAGGAGAAGAUUCAGUCUAUUGCAGAGAAUGCCACAUUUGAAUCAAUGAGCAACAAAUCCCAAGAAACACAUGGCACAUUAGCUCCCAUGCUUUUCAGAAAAGGUGAUGUUGGUGAUUGGAAGAAUCUCUUCACUGAAGCUCAGAGCCAGGAAAUGGAUGCCAAAUUUAAAGAGUGUUUAGCUGGAACUAAACUGGGAGCAAAGCUAAAAUAUGAUAAAUACUGCAAAUACUAA